AUGACAAUAAAAGGAGGAACAACUCAAGCCUGCGCCGCGUGCAAAUACCAGCGGAGAAAGUGUUCGAGGGAAUGCCCACUGGCUCCAUUUUUCCCAUCCGAUCGACCCCAAAGGUUUCAGCACGCGCAUCGAUUGUUCGGGGUUCGCAACAUACUCAACAUCUUGAAAGUCGUCAGCCCUUGCCAGAGACAAGACGCCAUGACUUCCAUUAUUUACGAGUCUGAUAUGCGAAAACAGUUCCCAGUUCAAGGCUGUGUUGGUAUAAUCAAUGUCCUUCAAACUCAGAUAGACCAGAUGCAAGAAGAGAUUCAUGCUAUACAGUCAAAGAUCCUCCUAUUCAAACAACAACAACAACAACAACACCAACAGCAGAUUAUCCCUUUCUCUUCUUCUACUCCGGAUGACGAUCAUCAUCAUUAUAAUAAUCUCCAGCUCGCUACUACCACUGUUACUUCGAACGAUCAUAAUACCGUUCUUGACCAAUUGCAACACGUGCAUAUCGAUCACGAUCAUCAUCAUAAUCAAUACAACGAUACCACACCUACUGGGGUUUAUUUUUCAAAUUACGAUUUUCUUACGGAGGAAAAUGAUAAAGUCGAUGGUGUUAGUACCGGUAUUGAUGGUACAGAUCUUGAUCAUAAUAAUCAAGAUCCUGGUCAUUAUAAAGAAAUGAUGAAGAUGCACCAACAUUAUCAUCAACAAAGCGACCUAAUAAACCCUUCUAGUUUAAUUGAUAUGAACGAAAUAGCUCCUCCUGCUCAUCUUCGACCAACCCUAUUUUUUGUACCAUCGCCACAAGAUCAACAUGAUCAAGAAGAGGUAGAUCUUUGUUACGAUGAUCAAUGUACUGCGGCGUUCGAUAACAUUGUUGAUGAUCGACAAUCUUUUAUUGAAUCAAAGGGCCCUUGUGAAUCAAGUGCGGAGUCAUCAAUGAAACAUGCGACACAAUAUGUGAAAAACGAGCAUAACUACUGA